AUGGUAACCUUCCUCACGAGCUACUGGCUGAUGUGCGCCGCUGCUGUGUUGUUGUCCCUGACCAUCGCCAUGUGGCCUGCACAAGGGACUUGGCGCCCCGAUGCGCCAAUAAAACCGAGAGAGGAGGCUGCGAUCGGCAAUGCCGAGGAGGGCGACUUCCUGGUGUCCUUUCCCCAGGUCCUUUCGCAGGCGGAGUGCGACCAGCUCUUGCAGCUGCUGGGUGAAGAGCGGCAGCAGGAGGGGCUGGUCUCCAGCAACAGCGGCCCUGGCUUGAAGCGGGACACGGUGCGUAUUGCCAAGCUCAUCACCAUCGAGCCCGGCGAUGUUCGGUUCCAGUGGCUCUUCCGGCGGCUUUGGGUGCUGGGGCACCGGGCCACUUCCGGGACCUCGUUGGGCGCGCUCCGGGAACUGGAGCCGCUGAACCUCGUGAGCUACCCAGCGGCAAAGAAGGCCGAGGCUCAAGGCCACUACGACUGGCACACAGAUCUCAUGCCGGACAUUUCGAUGCGGGAAGGCCGGCUGCUGUCCUUCUCCAUCCAACUCUCCGGCACCGAGGACUACCAGGGCGGCGCGCUGAUGGUGGGCAGCGAGCAGGCCUCCAAGCGCCGGGGUGCGGGGGUGGUCUUUCCGUCCUAUAUGGCCCACAGCGUCUACCCCGUGUCCAAAGGGGUCAGGCACGCGCUGGUCGGCUGGGUGCGCGGGCGAGUGGGGCCCUCGCUGCACCUGGCGGCUGAAGCGGCGCACCACCGGGCCAUGGAGGACAGCAGCUGGCCAGCUCUAGCCAAGCGUGGCAAGUCUUCGGCGCAGGCCGCGCCGCUGGGCCUGCGCCGCAUCUAUGGCAACCACCUGCUGCAGAGCGGCCGCUUCGAGGACGCCUCCGCGGUGCUGAGGCGAGUUGCGCAGGAGGAUCCUGGAUGCCCUGGGGCCUUGAACAACUUGGCCGUGUCCGAGUACCAGCAGGGGCGAGUGCCUGCAGCCAUCGAUGCCCUUCUUUACGCAGUGGAGCUGCGGCCUGAAGACGGCGAGGUUCAAGCCAAUCUCGGCCGCUUCUUCUACCGGCAGGGCCACUUCGCUUUGGGCACCUACCAUUUGGCGAUGGCCGUCAGCCUGUGGCACCGCUCAGCCAUCCUUAUGGCGUCCUUUAUCAUGACGGUGUAUUGCCCCUUGGAUGCAAAUUCGUUUGGCCAUGUGAAGAACAGGGCUGCCUUUGCUGGGGCCCGAGUGACUCAGAGCGAGGAUUGCUGGUAUCUUUGGCAGCGCCUUCUGGAUGUGUUGCCUGACGUGCCUGGGUUGGCCACGGCGGGCAUUGACUCAGGACAUCAGCGCCGAGUAGCUGCUUCGCUGCUCAUCCGUGAGGGGCCAGAGUGGCCAGGCGACGAUACGUGGAGCUCCUUUGCUGCGCCAUACAAUGCCGCGCCCGACGCAACCAAUGAAUGGGUGUGUCAGCAGAAGCAGGCGCUCGUUGAAUUGCUUGAUGGCAUGGAGCGUGUGAGUGGCCUGAAGCUUGGCGGCUUGAGGCUGGAGUUUCGGAUCGCGCCAGACGGCUGGAGCUGGGCCCAAAUCAAGCAGUGUCUACGACCUAUAGUUGAGGAAAUCGUGGAUGGCACUAGCGCUGUGCCCGUGAGACUGGCGCUGCCAUUUUAUUUCCUCCUUGUUUCUGAGAACGAGCUCUGGCGCAUUUGUCCAGAGUGGCGCCACUCCUUCCGCCGGUCCGCAAUGGCAGCUGGCUACGCACGCCUGAGUGUGACAAGUUCCUGGAUGGGCUCAGAAGGAAUGGUGGUGCUUGAAUGCGGUGGGACUUGCGCGUUCCCCCCCAGCUCUGGCGAGCAGCUUCGCGCGGCUUCGCCCAUGGCCGUGUCGCAACCCCGAAGCCGAAUGUCGGAGUCCUGGUGGACUUGUGGACUUGGAGCGUUACUCGGCUUCAGCUUUCACCUGGCGUGUUCGCAGCCGGAGUGCCUGAGUGCCACAGCGGGCCUUGAGUCCAAAGUGAACCUCAGAGCCGUGAAGGCCAUCGAGAUCCGGGGGGUCAAGAACCCCGCCAGGUUUCAACGGGAGAUCAACAUUGCCAAGAAGCUGGACCAUCCGAACGUGGUCCGGCUGCAUGAGACUUUCCGCGAUGCCAAGAAGAUCUAUUUGGUCAUGGAGCUCUGCACUGGCGGCGAACUUUUUGACCGCAUCGUGGACGAGGCGCCGAGCGGCUUCGAUGAGAACCAUGCGGCCAAGUACAUUCGCCAGAUCCUUUCGGCGAUUUGCUACCUUCAUGCUCACAGGUUUGCUCACCGGGAUGUGAAGCCUGAGAACUUCUUGUUCCACGAUCCCUCCCCGGAGUCCCAGCUCAAGAUCAUCGACUUCGGGCUGGCCUGCCAGUUCGAGCCCGGCAUCAAGAUGAGUACGAAGGCAGGGACUGCUUACUAUGUCGCUCCCGAGGUGCUGAAGGGUGAUUACGACGAGAAGUGUGACGUUUGGAGCGCCGGCGUCAUUUCCUUUGUUCUGCUCUGUGGCUUUCCACCCUUCUCAGGUGACACGGAUCCUGAGAUCCUCAAGAAGGUGAAGUCUGGCAGCUUCGAGUUUCGCUCACCGGAGUGGGACACCAUCUCCCAAGGGGCAAAGAACCUCAUCACCCAGAUGCUGACCUAUGACCCCUUCAUUCGGCCAACUGCCGAGGUGGUGCUGCUGAGCCCCUGGCUGAAGUUCAAGGGCACGCCAAAAUCAGCGCCCCUGCCCAAGGACUUUGUCACAAGGCUGUCGGGCUUUCGUGCCUUCUCAAAGCUCAAGAAGGUGGCGCUCACGGCCCUGGCACAGCAGCUGCCAGAUGAGAAGAUCGACUCCUUACAGCAGACCUUCCGGGCCUUGGACAGGAACGGUGACGGGACCCUCUCUGUGGAGGAGAUCCGAGAAGCCGUGGUCCAACAGGGCCUGAAGCCACCCAAGGCGCUGGAGGACAUUUUGCAUGCCAUCGACUGCAAUGGCUCCGGCAGCUUGGACUACACUGAGUUCUUGGCUGCGACUUUGGACCAGAAGGUCUACAUGCAGCGGGACGUUUGCUGGGCCGCCUUCCGCAUUUUCGAUUUGGAUGGCGAUGGUAAGAUCACGCGCGAGGAGCUUGCCAAGGUCCUGAACGGCGACUCGGUGCAGGAGCUCUUUGGUUCGCGCAAGAUCGAAAAGAUCAUCGAAGAGGUGGACAAG